AUGAGUGACGUUUCGGAUUCAGACGAAGAAGAGAAGGGAUCUCUCGAUUUGUCCCUACUAUCGAAAGCAGCUCUUCAAAGAAAAUUGUCAUAUCUACCGAGUGGGAAGCGACAGGAGAUUGAAAAUGUUAUAGAAAAGUUUUCCAGACCAGCUCACCUCAAUGCAUUACCGGAAGAAGAAGAAGAAGAAGAAGAAGAAGAAGAAGAAGAAGUCGUUGAGGAUAGCGACAAUGAUAUCCUGAUGGAGGUCCAAAAUGUACUGGAACUCACACCAACCCCCCGUGCCGCACCACAUACUUCACCUGUGCAGGUCGAGAAUGAAGAGAAUGCAAGUCACCUUCAAGCUUACAUAAACUCGAAAUAUCAGACAUUCGUUUCGGAGAGGAAUUUGAGAAGGCGGAAUUUUGCCAGUACACAUCCAUACUUGUCAGACCAAGCAUCGUACUUGGGUCUUGCCGAUGCGCAAGAGUUGAAUACAGUCUAUGAACAGAACGACCAAAAUCUUGAAGAUGUUGUAAAACUCUUGAAUUACAAUUAUUUAAAGUUGAAAAGCAAGUAUCCCAAGGAUGAAAAAUUCAAACACAAGAGCUUUUAUGCCAUAAUAGGAAAGCAGUCGAAAAACGCCCAACGGGAGGAACAAGAAAACGAAUUAAACGAUGAAACUUUGGGCGCGAGUGGUGAUGAUGACGACCUCGCGAACUUUGAUGUCAAUUCGGAAUCUCCCACGUUGGAGCAACGGUUGGAAUCAUCUCAGAUUCUGGAUGAUGAGCCUUACGAAAUUCAUGGCUAUGUAUCAGGUUCUGGCCUUGAUACUAAUACCGAUCUGGACUCGAGUGUCGAUAACGAGGAAGAGAAGGAGAACUUGUAUGUUCGGGUUGGUGGUCGGUAUAGAAAGGAAAAAAACGCAUUGCGAGGCGUAUUGCCUGAAUCAGCAAAGCACCUAUCCAUAUACAAAUCGAGAGCGACCAGAGGACCGCAAAUGGUAAAGCCCCAGCGCGAGGUCAAGAAGGGGAUUGCCAUAAAGAAGUCAGUGAGCAGAAUACGAUCAAGAAGAGUCAAUGAUGAACUCGAAGAAAAUUUUUUGAAUGAUGAUGAAGAGGAAGAAGUUUCGCCGGAGAAUUACGUUAUAGACAACUUCUUGGAGGAUGGCCGUGAUGUAGCACAGUCACCACCUGUUGCUGACGAAUUCUCGGAGCUUAACAUGUCUGAUAUUUCGGUCACGGACAUUGAUACUGACUCUGACACCGAUCUGGAUUUAUUCCCGUUUAGAAACCGAGAUGUCUCCCCUAGCUUCGAGGGCGAGGCUCUUGAGAGUGAUGCGAUAGACCACAUGCUUACAACAAGUCGAAAAAUUGGACAGCCCACAUCGAAGAGGACGUUACUGAUGGGAUCUCAUGGUAGAGGUUCAAACGUAAGUCGUCAAAGAUCUGUUCGCUCGGGUGGGCGUUCUCCUGCUUCCAUCACGCGAAAACCGAGAUCCAAUUAUGCUAGAAAGAAAAGACACGAUGCAAUCAGUAGUGGCAAACAUACGAGGUACAUUACAGUUGAUAGUAUCAUAUCGGCUGGUGAAGAGAUGGACGACAAUUUUGCAGAGGCAACAUCGACGAACGAUGAUACUCGCCGUGAGAAAGAAGCAACUACACGUGUUGUGGGACUGCAACGGACACCUCGUACGACCUUGACAAGAUCCAAUCUGGCUCACAAUAAGAAAACCCUCAAAAAAAGGAGGAGUAAAGUUGAACGUCAACAAGUACACAUUGAAAACUAUUUCGAACCUCAUAAUGCAAGAGCUCAAAACCGACACAGUCGAGCGCCAAUAUAUGCAUCUGUGGAUAUCGAGGCUGAAACUUCUCACCACUGGAAGCAACACACACUAAAACGACCAAAGUUUUUCAAUCCCCACGUGAGUGGACAAUUACAAUUAUCUCACGAUCCGCUGUUUGCUGUGGGUUGUAUACUAAGUGAUCUUAAAUUAACACAACUCAACAAGACUGGGGAUGGUAAGAGUUUUCAUCGAUUCAAGGACCCUGUUACCGUGGUGUUUAAGGAUACGCAAUUUAAUUUGUCUUUGAUUGAAAUUGAUAGCUCCAGAGAACACGCCGAGACGCUAUACAAGCUUUUAAAUUUAGAGUUCGUUAAGGGCACCAUGCGAAAAAGAGACUUUUAUGAAUGUAUGCGUGGAUUGAUAUCUUGGUGUUUGAUUUUGCAGCGAUCACCAACAGAGACAGAAUGGAGCUGGGUAGAGAAAUUGAUCAACACUGUGCGGGAUAAUACCAACAUCAAACUAAGCGACAAGUUCUUUUGUCUCCCUUAUUUGAUGCUACUUCAAUAUAUUAUGCUCAUUAUGGGUCGAAUAAAUGAAGGUGUUAUCAGGAGACCAAACCUCACCUUUUACGGAGCGACAUACUGGUCUUGGUUCUUUGCCAUUACGGAUACUGUUCAGUUUGAAAUGUUGGACCUUCGCCGCGAGUCUUUGAGUAAGCAAGCGGAAUCCUUUUAUAUCAUGUGCAAAAUAUUGGAAUUACAGGGAAAUUGGUGGCCAUCAAUUUGUUUGGCUACACAGAGCUGUGAGACGUAUGAUCUUUUUCGGCUUUUAGAUGGCACGUAUUACCUAUAUUGCAUAACUAAGAAACUGCCGCUGACUUGGGAACCAUUAUGUUUGAUUUUUCAAAAGUUCAACGAAAGAACUGGUGCGGAAGUUUAUUCUCGCUAUAUCGAGAUCAUAUUCAGCAUAAGCCGCAUCAAAAAUUUGCAAUUUGAUGAAAAAUUGAUAUUACAAAUGUAUGGGAAUAUAACAUCACGAAGGUUUGCUAAUUUACUAGAGGAAGAUUCUGUUCCCAAAAUAUUACCACAAGUGAGGACUCGGUUCGAUAUACCAGGAGAAUCCUUCUUUGACAAGUUUUUGCAAGUUUUGUUUUGGCACUUUUCUUCCCUUACGGAUGUUUCCCACGUUAAGAGACUAGUCACGAAGUUGCUUUCAUUUAAUUCUACGCAGCAUGGGGAUACAACAGAGCAGCAGAUAAUGUUUAGCAAUAAAUUCAACCUAUUGAUAAUGUUGAGCCUGAUCUCGAAAACGGAUUUGCGAGCGCAAGUAGAGAUUCUUUUGUCGUCCAUCAAUGAAGUUACUCACUUGCCGUUUCUCAAAAGAGCAGUUGAGGGUCUAAUUGCUGUAGCUGAUAUUGCUGUGUCCAAGAAAAACAAGUUUCCGGUAGAAGCAGUGGAAAUAAUGACAAGCAAGUUGGCUUCGUUGGCAUUUACGGUACAUGGGGCAACAAAGCUAUGGAGAAAAUUUUUGCAAUCUUUGCAAUCACUACUUAAAUCCUCCAUGGCUGAAACUUCCGGUAUGAUUCAGCUAUUAUUGUCGAUAAAACAAAUUAAAGCUGAGUUACCCACAAGCAUCAAUCUUGAUAUCGCCAGAUUAUGCACAUUUUUUGUGGAGAAACUUCUUGUUGCAAAAUCGGAAAUGAGCAACGCAUCCAGAAUGAAAGUCAUCGAUUCUGUGAGGGAGAUCUCGCUCGAUGUUGUUAAUUCUUAUAUGCUUAAACAUGCUGCAAUUGCCAGUAGAUCUAAAGAUGUUGAAGAGUUGAUUUCCACUUGUAUAAAAAUCUGGGUUGCCGCAACUCACCUUUCGGGAGGAAACUGGGACAAGCUAGUACUACAAACGUACCCAUUUAUAGGAGAGGAUAUGUCACGAGACAAAUAUGUUUUCCACUUCUAUGUUGAGGUUUCAAGGUUCUACAAUUUGAGUAACUGCAAACAGGCUGUCUUGAUCAACAUAGCGAGAGGUUUGACCUCCUUCAUAGUCCCCUCUAGAUUGAUUGAGUUUAUAAAUCGAUUGAGUGAUCUAGGGUGGGCUUUGUUUUCUUUCCAUAAGUUACGGAGUGUGUCCGAGUAUGAUUUGACAAGUACUAAGUUUGGAAUAUUAGCCAAUAUGCUUAAUAGGGCUAACUCCAGCGAUUCGCAUGGUGAAUUCAAUAUGAUAGUCCAUGAGGCGGUAAGAACUGUAAAAAGAGACAGUGGCAACUUGAGCAAUGAUAAGUACAAGCAAUUUUGCAUUUCUUUAGUCAAAGAAUUGCAACGGUAUGACCUUGACGAGAAGAACGAAAAGCUUUUGAAAGAGUUUCAAUCUUUGGUGGGUGUCAAAUCAGAGGCAACAAGAGACGCGUCACUCGAACAAACCUACGACUUCGACGACGAUAUGGAACCACUCGAGCAACUGUGUCGAACAAAGGUUAAUGUGUCGUCUUUCAAUGACGUGGAUGACUACUAUUUUACCUUUCAGAGCUUGUUUGCAGAAAACUCCGUUGGAAUUUGGAAUUAUGUACUUGAGGCAUUAGACAGCUUCAAUUGCAGUAUUUUUGAGCACCGGUUGGAGUUUACAAAUCCUCAUUUUUUGGGAGUGAUCAAGAUGUUAUUGAAAGAAAUUGAGACACGCGGUAUUGCUGAAUCUGAAGCUGAAAAUUAUGGGCUUCGCGUUUGUACAAAGAUCUGCGCUUUGUUAGGAGAUAUCCACCACAUAUUAUAUGAGGGGUAUCAAUUACCAUCGGAGUUUUUGGCAUUGUUCAAUGAGUAUAAGGAUCAACUUGUUGGAAGGUUUCCGUUUGUAACCCGCCAGCAAACACUAGAGGAUGGUGACCACAAUGUGAGGGCCGAUCUCCACCAGAAGCUUAGAAUAGAGUUUAAUCGAACGUUCUUGGCAGAUGAAGCUACUACCGACGAAUUAUAUACCGAGUUUGAACUUCAGUUCUAA